UGAAUUACCUGUCAACGAAUUGAAAUAUUUAUUAUAUAAAAAAUAUUUUAAAAGUAAUGAAAGCUUUUGGAAAUAUAGCAUAAUGAGUUUUGCUGAGCGUUCUCUGAACUGUUUUCAAAUACAUUGGAAUGGCUUUUUCUACUUUUUUUUCUCCGCUGCAAAUAUUGCCUUUGUUAUUUCUAAAACCGGAAUUGGAAUGGCGCUCCAUAUUUCUUAUCUCUUGGGCUUUUAUUUGGUACUUGGUGGAUGUGGUGCCUGUAGGAGUUACAGGACUAUUGCCUAUAAUAUUCUAUCCCAUAAUGGGUGUAAUGGGCUCUCAAGAAAUUUGCAUGUCCUAUGCUCGUGAUGCUCAAUUUCUUUUCCUAUUAUCCAAUUUUAUAGCCGCCACCAUACAGCACUGUAAUGUGAACAAGCGUUAUGCUUUCCUUAUAAUGUCCACUUUCAGCUGUGAUCCUAAAAAAUUACUUCUAAUUCUCAUGCUGACUUCCUAUGUUUUAACAACAUUACUACCAGCCGCCAUUGUUUGUGCUCUCAUGAUGCCAAUUAUAAGAGCAAUUUUGCAGCUGUUAGAUCAGAUAAGUAUUUGCAAAGCUAUCGAUGAAGCUGUGAUACUAAAAGAUGACGAAACUCCGUAUCCCUCCAAAGUAGCUAAUGCGUUUUAUAUAGGAGUAGCUUAUGCCAUAAAUAUUGGCAGCAUAACAACAGCCAUAGCCUCAGAUAGCGGCAUGGCUUUAAGGAAAAUUAUUGAAACUGAACCUUCCCUUUCCAAUUUGGAUAACAAUUUCCAUUUGAAAUAUAUUUUGAUUUCAUUACCCGUCUCCCUAAUGCUUCUAAUUUUUACAACAUUUUAUUUGGAAUUUAUCUUCUUGGGCUACAAGCGUUCACAGAGCUCCGCAGCUCAGGCAAUAGCUUAUGAAAAAGAACCUUCCAGGUUGGCUUUGGAGUCUCUUGCCCAAGAACUACCGCCUUUUAAUACACAUAUGAUAUUAGCAUCAGUGUUGUACUUUGGUUCAUGUAUUGGUAUAACAGUGGGAUCCUUAGUGGGUCAGGAAAUAAAUAAUAA